UGUCCAGACAGAGCCACCGUCUAUCUAUCUGACGAAACAUUGGAAGUAGUUGUCAGAGAUGUCAGGUAAAGGAGGAAAACAAAGUCGCUCAGGAGGCGGCAGAAAGGGUGCCGAUGACCAGGAGGAAGAGGAACAGCCGUUGCAGGCUGUUCUUAUUGCUGACAGCUUCAACCGGAGGUUUUUUCCGAUCACCAAAGACCAGCCAAGGGCAUUACUCCCACUAGGAAAUGUGGCUAUGAUCGACUAUACACUGGAGUUCCUGACUUCCACUGGGGUGCAGGAAACAUUUGUCUUCUGUUGCUGGAUGUCCCAUAAAAUCAAGGAGCACCUGCUUAAGUCGAAGUGGUGUCGUCCUACCUCCCCGAACACAGUCCACAUCAUCACCUCUGACCUCUACCGCUCGCUAGGCGAUGUGCUCAGGGACGUGGAUGCCAAGAAUCUGGUGCGCUACGACUUUGUGCUGGUGUAUGGAGAUGUGGUGUCGAACAUUGACGUCACUCAGGCCCUGCAGGAGCACAAGCACCGCAGAAAGGUGGAGAAGAAUAUCUCGGUGAUGACCAUGGUCUUCAAAGAGUCGUCGCCGGGUCACAAGUCCCGCUGCGAGGAGGACGACAUCAUCGUCGCCAUGGACACCAAGAGCCAACGAGUCCUGCACUACCAAAAGACACAGGGACUGAAGAAGCUUCAGUUCCCCAUGAAUAUUUUCCACAACGGAAGCGAGGACUUUGAGAUCCGACACGACCUGCUGGACUGUCACAUCAGCAUCUGUUCCCCACAGGUGGCUGAGCUCUUCACUGACAAUUUCGACUACCAGACCAGGAACGACUUUGUCCGAGGGAUGCUGGUCAACGAAGAGAUCCUGGGCAACCAGAUCCACAUGCACGUCACCAAGGACGGCUACGGCGCUCGGGUCUCCAACCUGCUCAUGUACGACUCGGUGUCCUCGGACCUGAUCCGCCGCUGGGUCUACCCGCUCACGCCGGAGGCCAACUUCACGGACCGCGAGGGCCCGCCGUGCACACACUCGCGCCACAACGUGUACCGGGGCCCCGGCGUGAGCCUGGGCCACGGGAGCCAGAUGGUGGAGAACGUCCUGAUCGGCUGCGGCACCAGCAUCGGGGCCAACUGUCACAUUUCAAACAGCGUCAUCGGGAGUAACUGCAGCAUAGGGGACAACGUCACCCUGGACUGUGCCUACGUUUGGAACCACGUCACCAUCUCCAAGAACGUGACCAUCAGCCAGUCAGUGGUCUGUGACCGGGUGGAGAUCAGGGAAGGGGUCCGGCUAAACAAACAGUGUGUCCUGGCCUACAACGUCUUGAUCGGACCGAACGUCUCCCUACCGGACGGCACGGUGGUCUCCAUGCACCACCCAGACGAGGAAGAGGAGGAAGACGACGAUGAGUUCCUCAGCGACGGCGACGCAGACGCCAGCCAGAGUAAAGAGAAGAACAAGCAGAAGGGGUUCAACCCAGCGGAGGUGGGCGUGGAGGGGAAGGGGUUCGUGUGGAAGACCAGCAGUCUGGACGACACAGAGGACGAGGAGCUGUCCCAGUGCCUCUGGGGUUUGGUCUUGAACCCUGACCCUGAGAGUGACAGCGAGGCCAGCGAACCCGACGAUCCCGACGACCCUGUCAUCCCCUCCCCCGAGAUGGACGAUGUCAAAGUGUUUGAGUUGGAGGUACUGGGCACUCUCCAGCGAGGCCUGGAGGAGAACAUCGGCUGUGACAACCUGGUGGUGGAGGUCAACUCCCUGAAGUACGCCUAUAACAUCACCCUGAGGGAGGUGAUGCAGAUGCUGACCAGGGUGGUGCUCGAGUUCCCCUUUCAGCAGCAGCAGGGGGUACAGCUCUCCGCGGCCCAGUAUGCUACCGUCCUUCUGCCCCUGAUCGAGAGGUGGGCGCCGCUCUUUAAGAACUAUGUGAAGAAGGCCCAGGACCACCUGGACUGUCUGUCAGCCUUUGAGGAACACUUCCUGGAGCAGGAGAAACACUGGCCGGCCAUGAUCAAGGUUUUGAUGAGCAUGUACCAGCUGGAGAUCCUGGAGGAGGAGCUCAUCAUGCGCUGGUUCUCCCAGGGAGCCACCACGGACAAGGGCCGGCAGCUGCGCAAGAACCAGGGGCUGCAGAAGUUCAUCAAGUGGCUGGAGGAGGCUGAGGACGAGUCAUCAGAAGACGAAUGACGCUGAUGAAGAAACCGUCGAUCUGAAAGACUGUUUAUGGGCAUUCAGAUGGGAGGGGGGAGCUCCUCUGGUGUGGAGGUCUUCCUGGCCAUCGCUGAACUCUUCCCUGAUCCAGAGAAGAUGCAAUAUAUCACACAGUGUCAUGACAGGGCACACGCGUGUGCUCCGGGAAUGGCUUUAUCCAAAUAAAUAGGAGACCACCAUGGGAAA